CCCCCCUCCCUGAGUGCUGGGCGUAACAAGCGAGUUCGGUGUGUUGGAGGAGCAGGAGGUGGACGGUAUGAGAAAAGAGGCAGAUCCUCUCCUUUCAGACGUGAGAGUGAAGCACCUAAUUGCUUAGUCCGUCCCUCAUUACCAUAUCCAAUGUAGAGUUUGCUGGACUCUGGCCAAUCUGCUCUCGCUCACAUGGUACCAUUCAUCGCGAUGCAUUAUUCACUAUCAUAAUUAUAUAGCGACAUGCGCAAUCCACACGGCAACAGCAACACCAGCUAAUUUCCGUCAUUUUUUUUUUUUUUACUACCAGACUAUUUGCGAACAUUUUUUUCACCCACUCGCUCGCAGCAGCAGCUGAUGUAUCUGCAAAAAGCAGCGACAUCUCGCCGCGCAGCAACAGCAGCAUGUCCCGUCGCAAGCAAGCCAAGCCGCAGCACCUCAAGUCUGACGAGGAGGACCCCGCACUCGGAGGAGUCCUCUCUGAGAAUGCCCAUGGAGAGGUGCUGGACGACGCUGACAGUGGAAACGAGAGCCGCAGUGGCAGCGAGGAGACCCAUGUGUGUGAGAAGUGCUGCGCUGAGUUCUUCAAGUGGUCCGACUUCUGUGAACAUUUGAAGAGCUGCACCAAGAACCCGCUGGUGCUCAUUGUAAAUGAGAAUGAGGGCACGCCCGAUCCUCCCCAGGAGUACCCUGUCGAGCCCUCCCCUGAACCCAGCUGCUCCAGCGAACAAGCGGACAGCGACGAGCCCGGAGAGGGCAACCACAGCCCGGCCGGAGACAUCGAUGAGGUCCCAGAGUUGACGGGCUUUGAGGGGGUCGGCGCCCUGGAGAAGGAGGACGACGCCAUGGAAGUGGAGCUGUCUCCUGAGAAAAUCUUGGAUCCUGAAGAGCAAGACAUGUCCCCUGAGCCUGAAGGCUGCCUACCUCUGCUCAGUGACGCAUCCCCCUCCCCUGCCACCGGCUAUGCUAUGCCUAGCACCAACGUCACCCUGGAGACGCUGCACGGCACUCGGGUGGCCGUGGCUCAGUUCUCGCAGAGCGUGAAGGCUGCAGUGGGCAGUGGCGUCUCCACCAUGGCCAUUCCCAUGAUCCUUGACCAGCUGAUGGCCCUCCAGCAGCAGCAGAUCCACCAGCUGCAGCUGAUAGAGCAAAUACGUAAUCAGGUGGCGCUGAUGAACAGACCGUCAUCCUCCCAGCCGGCUCUCAACCAUCACACACACCACAGUACCAAUACUGGGGCCCAAAGCGCUCCCUCUGUCGGUGGUCCGUCGAUACCAAGCCAGCUUCAGAUUCACAGCUUCAUCACUCCUCCGGUCCAUCAGCUACCAAUGAGAUUGCCAGCUUCUCUCGGUGGUCCAGGCCCGUCCUCUCUGACCUCAGCAAUGGAUGUGCCGCUGUCACACACACCGCAGAGCCAGCCGUCUCUCAACUCUCUCAACUCUUCAGUGCCCAGCACUUCCUCAAACAAUUCGGCCUUCCCACCAACCAAUGGCAGUGUUCUUUCAUCUCUGCUGCCAUCCAUCUCAUCCUCCGGCUCGAAUAACAUCAACAAUGGUAGUAGUUUGACCGCAAGUGGCAGUGGAAUCAGUAGCAGCAGCUCAGCCCUCCCCAGAAACACCACCACACCUCCAUCGCUGAGCCACAGCAGUCUGCUAAGCUCAGCCUCCAACCUACCACUGAUAUCUCACAGCUCUUCCAGCAGUGUGAUCUUCCCCAACCCGCUUGCCAGCAUAGCAGCAACGGCCAAUGCUCUGGACCCACUCUCUGCUCUGAUGAAGCAUCGCAAGGGAAAACCCCCCAACGUGUCUGUGUUCGACACAAAACCAAGCUCCGAGGACCCAUUCUUCAAGCAUAAGUGUCGAUUCUGUGCCAAGGUGUUUGGUAGUGACAGUGCCCUGCAGAUCCACUUGCGCUCGCAUACUGGUGAGAGGCCCUUCAAGUGUAACAUAUGUGGCAACCGCUUUUCUACCAAGGGCAACCUCAAAGUCCACUUUCAGAGGCACAAAGAGAAAUAUCCCCACAUUCAGAUGAACCCAUAUCCUGUGCCAGAGUACCUGGACAAUGUACCCACUAGCUCAGGCAUUCCCUAUGGCAUGUCUCUGCCGCCAGAGAAGCCUGUUACCACAUGGCUAGAUAGCAAACCAGUCCUGCCCACCAUCCCUACCUCAGUUGGGCUUCAGCUUCCUCCCACUUUGCCAAGCAUGAUGGGAGGUUUUGGUGAGUCUCCAAGCCUCACCCCACUCAAUAGAUCACCUCAAAGAACUUCUCCACCCUCAAGUGAGUGUGCAUCUCUCUCACCGAAUAUCCUCACUGACUCUGGCAUGACCACUUUGUCACCCUCCCCAAAACCAAGCCUAGGGAGUGAUCCUCCUCCUCUCCUGAAGCCUGAGGGUAUUCACCUUCCCCCAACUUGCUCAAGACCUGGGGAGAACACCUACACGAAUACCACCGUGACUCAAGUAAACCUUUCCACAAAUGUCAGCUCUACCACCUUGUCUAGCAGUGGUCAGGUACCUGAACCAAUCUCAAAUCCUAAUCCUGUGUCCCACCCAGUCCUUCCCAUGCUCUCAGAUCAGUUCAAGGCCAAGUUUCCCUUUGGAGGCCUCCUAGAUUCUAUGCAAACAUCAGAGACCUCAAAAUUGCAGCAAUUGGUUGAAAACAUUGACAAGAAAAUGACAGACCCAAAUCAAUGUGUGAUCUGCCAUCGUGUCCUGAGCUGUCAGAGUGCACUGAAGAUGCAUUACCGGAUCCACACUGGCGAGAGGCCCUUCAAGUGCAAGAUAUGCGGGAGGGCGUUUACCACAAAAGGGAACCUGAAAACACACUUCGGUGUCCACAGGUCCAAACCUCCACUUCGUGUCCAGCACUCCUGCCCAAUAUGCCAGAAGAAGUUCACCAAUGCUGUUGUGCUUCAGCAGCACAUCCGUAUGCAUAUGGGCGGGCAGAUUCCCAACACUCCACUGCCCGAAAGCCUACAGGAGAUGGACACAGACCUUUCCUUUGAUGAGAGGAGCUUGGACGCAAUGAGCAGUUAUGAUGAUGACCUUCUGGAUGAGAUGGAGCAGGCAAUGGAUGAUGAAGAUGACCUGGGGGGAGUAGACAUCGACAGUUCCAAACCAUAUUCCCCUGGCUGCUCACCGCCCACCUCUGUCAUCUCAAGCAUUGCAGCUUUGGAAAACCAGAUGAAGAUGAUUGAUUCCACUGCUAACAUGAGCCACUCUUUCAGUCACAAGCUUUCACAGAAUGGCAAUGGCUUUGCAGUGGAGGGGGAUUUCUUCUCUCAUGACAACUUUUCUGGAGUAGGAGCUAUUGACGGUCAGAGCUUGGGGAGUCCAGCCCUAUCGGAGUCCUCUGACUCCUUGCAGCACCUGUCGCCAGCUCACAGCCAUUCAGAGAGUCUCCAUCCAAAGUCCCCCAUGACACUUCACAUUAACAAUGGCGGUGGUGCCUCAACAGCCGAAGAAGGGCAGGAGAUCCAUAUCCCAGUGGCAACAGUUAAGUCUGAGAAAUCAGAGACUCCCUCUCCGCUCCCUGCCUCUGAGGGCACAGGGGCUCUGGACCUGACGGCCACUCAACCUGGCAGGCAUUUCAUCAAGGAUGAGAGCCACUUCAACAUGCUGUUCCUCAGUAGAGACAGAGGCCUCAAUCCUCCAAAUCUGGCAAGCACAGCGUCUAACAUGAUCAAAAUGGAAAUGAACGGACAUGGUAAGACGAUGUCGCUGACGGACAGCCCCCACCUGCCCCUGGGCAUCCAAGUUCCAGCCGUGGCACCCCAAACAACCAUGAGCCCCAGCAUCACGCCAAUGCUCGCCCCACCACCUCCGCGGCGCACACCUAAGCAGCACAACUGCCACUCAUGCGGGAAGAACUUCUCUUCAGCCAGUGCCCUGCAGAUCCAUGAGCGCACACACACGGGCGAGAAGCCGUUUGGCUGUUCGAUAUGUGGAAGGGCUUUCACCACAAAAGGCAAUCUAAAGGUUCACAUGGGGACACAUAUGUGGAACAAUGCCCCCGCCCGCAGAGGUCGACGCCUGUCCGUGGAGAAUCCCAUGGCACUGCUGGGUGGCGAUGCCAUGAAGUUCAGUGAGAUGUUUCAGAAGGACCUGGCUGCUCGGGCCAUGAACGUCGACCCAGGCUUCUGGAACCAAUAUGCGGCCGCCAUCACCAAUGGCCUGGCCAUGAAAAACAAUGAGAUCUCAGUGAUCCAGAAUGGGGGCAUCACCCAGCUUCCCAUUAGCCUAGGGGGAACUGGAAUGCCUUCCCUCGGGUCGAUGUCUGGAGGGAUGGACCGGGUGCAUGCUGACCGUAGCCCUCCGAUGACAGGCAUGGAGAAGGCUGGACUUGAGUUGGGAUCCACCCGACCUUUCUCCAGGUUCAUGGAGGAGAACAAAGAAAUCGGAAUCAAUUAAAGACUUGCCAGUGUUAUUACAAGGUAGGCUUUGAAAAAGUCUGAAAGUAAAAAGAAAAAAGAAACUGCUAAUACAGUUUGAACUCAUACGUACUAUAUUAUGUACAGCUGAAGUAAUUUCUUUGUUUGAUUUUGGAAAUAUAGUAUUUAGUAUUCAUUAGAGGUCUUUGCCUUUCCCUCAUUCACCUCCUUGAUAUUUCGCCCAUAUGAAAAAUACUUUGUCUCUUGUUUGAGAGUCUGUCGUCUUGCAAGAUUUGCAUGGUAUUCAUUGGUUUCUAUCAGUAUGUUUGACUGCUUUUAGGAAGAAAAAAACUGUAUACUGUCUCAUUUGUGAUCAGAAAGCAUCAUAUUUGAACAGGACUUAAGCAGGCGGGAUGAGAGCUUGGCAUAAGGACUACAUGCUAAAGUCCUGUUUGGAAAGCGCUACACGAUUGCUCCUUUUUAAAUAAGGGCUAGGGAUAAAUUGAAGAAAGGACUGAAAUGAACUGUUUCUGUGUUCGCCUGGUAAUUUUUUCUCACAAACUAGAAAACUUGAACAAAAAAAGGUUUGAACUAUUUUAAUCUUUACAUUUAGUCUCCCAGCAUUGUCUUAUAAUAUUGUCCUGUGUCUUUAGUAUUUAUAAUAUUGACAAAAAAGCGGGUAUACAAAAUAUAUUUAAUGACCCAGGCAUUUUAUUGAUCCAUUUUUUUCUAAAAUGCAGGCUUCGCUUAUGAAUAUCUCCUUCAAUAAAGAUGACCUGUCAUUCAACAGAUAAAAAGGUUGAUUAUUUUUUUUGUGAUAUCUUUAGAGAGACUAUGUGAGACAUGGUACACGGUAAAAGGGGAGAGAUAUCUAAAGCUGCUAUGAACACAACCCUGCUUUUAACCUUUGUAAAAAGAGAAGAAAAAUAUCCUUUGGAGAAAUAUCUAUGUAUAGAAAUACAGACAAAUCUAAGAACAGGUAUGCAUAUUUUGUAUCACAUAAAAAUAGACAUCAUGAGUUGGGAGUAUUUGUCAUGUUUGUGAAUGCACUUUUUAAAACGAGACGUUUUGUCUGUGAGUUACCGUUAACCUUUUGACUGAGCUAUCUAUCACGUGCUGUUAAAAAAAAAAAUGUUUCCAGCAUACCACUCCUACAAUUUGCAAAAUUGGUUGUCUGUUGUUGCAUCUGUACCACCCAGAGUGCAAACCCAACAAUCAAAGCGUUCGUAAAUAAAAAAAGACAACAGGUCA